AUGGAUCAUUCGCACAUGGAUCACGGACACGGCGAUAUGGAUAUGGGCGGGCAAUGCAGUAUGAACAUGAUAUUCACAUGGUCUUCUGAUAAUCUUUGCAUCAUCUUCCGCCAGUGGCGCAUUACAGGCCCGGUCUCCUUCCUCCUCUCGCUCAUCCUUAUCGUCCUCCUCACCGCGGGUUACGAAGGGGUACGCCAGAUUACUCGCAAAUAUGAGGCUGCACAUGCCCGCCGCCUCAAUGCCUUUACAGCGGUAUCGUCCACAGGAGAUGGUGGCAUCACCGACCCCUCCUUCACCAACGUCGUCUCCGAGAGCGCGUGUCUCCCAAUUAACAACGACGAGCGCUCACCACUGCUUGUAGGAAGGGACAAUCAGGCUGCCAUUGUGCGCCAAGGAAAGCUGACUAUGGCUGCGUUAUAUGCCAUCCAGGUCUUCUAUAGUUUCUUCAUCAUGCUUCUCUUCAUGACCUAUAACGGCUCCGUUAUGAUUGCCGUUGCUGUGGGCGCUUUUGUGGGAUACCUGGCGUUCGCUGACGGCACCCCGGCUGCCAAGUCGGUUGCCUGUCACUAA